UCUGAUUCUGAAGCUACAAUCCUGACAUCGAGACGGUUGAUUCCACCUACUCACCCAGCUGCAAGUUUGAAUAUUAAAGUACGCCUUCCGAAUGAUCGGAUUGUCACUGGGUGGAUAGAGGAUCCUAAGAUAUAUGUUGAUUUUUUCAUUGUCAACAUCAAGAACGUGUCUGGUGUUGAUGCCGCAAGUCUGGACCGUGACAUGCAGUUUGAGCCUCAUACGAAGGUAGCAGCUGUAUGCCGCUGUUUCAGUUCUGGAUUUUUAACAGCCACAAGCGGACUAAAUCUUGCCUCUCCAACCAGUGAGAAAAUCGUAAGCACGUGCCGGAUCCACAAGGCGGGGAUUGGAGGCCCCCUUGUUGAUUUUGGUGGCAACUUUGUCGGGAUGAACUCCUCUUGUACCAAAAUGGAGAAGACUGCCUACGUGCGAAGGGAGGGAAUUUUCCGAUUCUUGGUGCUUCACGGGAAGGUCAGAUCUGCACUGCACUAG